AGCCAGCCCUCUUAAAUUAGCAUGAGCAUUCAAUAAAUCCCCAGUCCAUGAGCUUAAACACUUAUUGUGUUUGUUCUACUCAUCGUGAACUAACAUGCCUGAACCAGCGAAGUCCGCUCCCAAGAAGGGCUCCAAGAAGGCCGUCACUAAGACCGCUGCUAAAGGAGGAAAGAAGCGUAGAAAGUCCAGGAAGGAGAGCUACGCUAUCUACGUGUAUAAAGUGCUGAAGCAGGUUCAUCCUGACACCGGGAUCUCUUCGAAGGCGAUGGGGAUCAUGAACUCUUUCGUCAACGACAUCUUCGAGCGCAUCGCCGGUGAGUCGUCUCGUCUCGCUCACUACAACAAGCGCUCCACCAUCACCUCGAGAGAAAUCCAGACCGCCGUGCGUCUGCUGCUGCCCGGAGAGCUGGCCAAACACGCCGUGUCUGAGGGCACCAAGGCCGUCACCAAGUACACCAGCUCCAAGUAGAGCUCCGAACCGACUCAGAGACACAAAGGCUCUUUUAAGAGCCACCCAUUUUAUCACUUAAAGAGCUUGCAGUG